ACACGCUCUCCCCUAUAAAAAUUUGAAGCCCCUCCCCCUAAAAAAAGAAAAAAAAAAACUCAAGAAACCUGAAAGCCUCUCCCCCCUCAAACUCCUCUCUCUCUCUCUCUCUCUAUAUCCCCAAUUCUCUCUCUCAUCAAGCUCUACACCCAGCAGCUUUCAUGGCGUCGUCCGACAACCUAAAACAGAGAUUCAGAGAUGAUCACACCACCCCCGAGGACGUCAACACUAGCAGCAGCAUUAAUAGGCCCAGAAGGGAGAAGCGUAUGGCGAUGGCCAAACGCGGCCUUAGGUCACUGGCCAUAGCCCUCGCCGUUCCCCUCGCUCUAACCCUCGUCUCCAUCUACCUCUCGGGAUCCGGACCCGGAUACCUGCCCCACCAGCAUAAGCCGGUUUUGCUCCCUCCUCGGUGGACCCUCCACUUGGCCUCCCUGGGCUCCACCUUCUUCGCAGGUCUCUCCGGGUGGCUGGUGUGGGCGGAGGGUGGGUUCCACAGCAACCCCACGGCGCUGUUUCUGUACGUGGCCCAGAUGGGCCUGGGCUUCGCCUGGGAGCCUCUGGUCUUUGGGCUGGGCGCGACUCGGGUCGGUCUGGUGGCGUGCGUGGGGCUGUUCGGGUCUCUGGUCGCUUGUUCUCGGAUCUUCAAGGAGGUGAACCCGAUUGCGGGGGAUAUGCUUAAGCCUUGUUUGGGGUGGGCUGCGUCUCUGGCUUUUGUAAACCUUAAGCUUGUCAACAUGUAAUUAACUUUACGUACCAAUGCCCAUAUUUGUAGGUAGCUAGCAUGCAUGCAUGCAUGUAAUGAUCGAUAUGUUACAUGUAAUGAUCGAUAUGUUAAUUAUUAGUACGUGCUUUAAUUUUGUGAAUAAUUUUCAUCAUGCAUUGUUAUAUGGUUCACGUUGAAGAGCCUAUUUUUUGUAAUUUUAAUUUUUAAGGUUUGGUGUGUUAAAUAUAUACCCGUUGUAAAUGUCAAA